AUGGAAAAGGAUGGAAUCACGACCGACAUUAGCACCCAAAAUGAAGAUUCCACCCGAGAUGAAAGUUCUCAAGGUGCGGUUUAUAAUUUGUGCCUUCGCGCGGUGAACUCGGUGCAUGUCAGUGUGAGCAGUCUUUCGCUUGAUAUCGACACAGCACCCUCACUAUGGGCGACCUCACCUUCGAAAUUGCGGGGUAUUUUCCGCGGUCAGACUGAAGGCGGGUCGAAGAAGGUGUUAGAUGGGGUCAGUGCAGAGAUGCCAAGCGGUAGCUUGACAGCCAUCAUCGGCAGCAGUGGCUCGGGAAAAACCUCUCUGCUCAAUCUCAUGGCUAGUCGCAUGUCAUCUUCGAAGAUGAAGGUGUCGGGGACGACCACCUUCAACGGAAACGCCAAUAUUGACAGCAUUCGCAGUGCCUAUAUCAUGCAGGAGGAUGUCCUUAUUCCGACAUUGACCGUUCGCGAGACGUUACGGUAUUCGGCUGAUCUGCGCCUACCGUCACCGAUGACUCAGGAAGAGCGAUACGCUAUUGUGGAGCAGGUAAUCCUGGAAUUGGGACUCAAGGAGUGUGCUGAAACAAGGAUUGGAACGACUGCGCACAAGGGCUGUAGUGGUGGGGAAAAGCGACGGACAAGCAUUGGGGUGCAGCUGUUGGCUAACCCAUCCGUGUUAUUUUGCGAUGAGCCGACCACCGGACUGGAUGCGACCAGUGCAUUCCAGAUCAUUCGUACACUGAAGCGGCUCGCGCAAGAUGGGCGAACUAUCCUUGUCUCCCUUCACUCGCCCCGGUCUGAGAUUUGGAGCCUUUUCGACAAUAUGAUCCUAUUGGCUCGGGGAUCUGCUCUAUACAGUGGCCCCGCAAGCGAAUCACUAGCUCAUUUUGAGCAAUGUGGCCAUAUCAUUCCACCCUUUGUGAACCCCGCAGAAUUUCUAAUCGACUUGGCUGCGAUUGAUAACCGAACUGAGGCCUCAGAAGCCGCAUCAUAUGACCGUGUUGAUCAUCUCCGAGAAGCGUGGCAGUCUCGGCGGGGAAAAGGCGUACCCGAGGAGCGAGAAAAGCAGGGGGUUGUGCCGGGUCUCGAUUCCGUGGAUACUGGAGCAAAGAGGAAAGUGCCAUUUAGCCAACAAUUGCGCGUCUUGACCUCUCGUACCUUCAUCACCACCCUUAGAGAUCCAUUGGGUGUUGCCGGUAGUUUACUUGAAGCCAUUGGCAUGGGUGUCGUCAAUGGCUGGAUCUUCUUGCAGCUUGAUGAGAGCCUGGCCGGAAUUCGUUCACGGGAAGGAAGUUUGUAUACGGCUAGCAGUCUGAAUGGUUACCUCAUACUGCUCUAUGAGACUUAUCGACUGACAAUUGACAUUCGACUUUUUGAUCGUGAGCGCAAUGAAGGCGUGGUCAGCGUUCCAGCGUUCUUGCUCAGUCGCCGAAUUGCCCGAUUUCCGCUUGAAGAUCUACCUGUGCCGCUGAUAUUCUCCAUUAUCUUUUAUUUCAUGGUAGGCUAUCGGCUAGAGGCGGCGCAAUUCUUCAUUUUCUUCCUGCUCACCCUGCUCACGCACUACAUUGCGGUCACCUUUGCAGCAGUGGCAGUUGGCAUAGUAAGAAACUUCUCCGGCGCUACUCUGGUUGCCAAUUUGUCUUUCACCGUGCAAUCAUUUGCUUGUGGGUACUUUGUUCAAGCGAAUCAGAUACCAGUGUAUGUGAGAUGGCUCAAAUGGUGUGCAUACACAUUUUACGUAUUUGGGGCACUGUGUGCAAAUGAGUUCAUCGGACUCGAUGACUCUGACCUCGGCCGGUUCUACGACUGUCCAUAUUCUGAGGACGCACUUGAUCCAGCUUGCAAAGAGUACACUGGGCGGUACAUCAUGGAAAGUCUGGGAAUGCCGUCUAACUGGAUAUGGCGACCCAUCGUGGUACUUAUUGCAUUCGUGGUAGCUCACUACUGUCUGGCUGGUUUAUUACUGCAGUACAAUCGCUUCGCAAUCGAUAUUGCUCAAGCUCGAGAAAUGGAGGCAGAUCCAGGAAAAACCAAAGUAGCGAUUCGUCCAGCUGGGGAAGUACGGAGACUGGCCAUUUCACUGGAUCGGUAUGCUCUGGAAAUUCGAAAGCGCGGUUAUCCUUGGCAGGAAACUCAAGUCUUGCCCAUCUUGAAGCCCAUCACUGCCAAGUUUCAUCCAGGAGAGUUGAAUGUUAUCAUGGGACCUUCCGGCAGUGGCAAGACAUCGCUACUCAAUUCAAUCGCGUGUCGAUUACAAGGGUCUUUCGGAACCCAAUACCAUGUCCAUGGCCAAAUGCUCUACAACGGGGCCGUACCAACGAACACCGUGAUUCGUUCAGUGACAUCGUUCGUCACACAGGACGAUGAUGCAUUGAUGCCAUCUUUGACCGUUCGAGAGAGCUUGAAGUUCGCAGCAGGGUUGCGGUUGCCAAUCUGGAUGUCAUCAGAGGAAAAAAACCGACGAGCGGAGGAAGUCCUAUUCAAGAUGGGGCUCAAAGAAUGCGCUGACAACUUGAUCGGCGGUGAACUCGUCAAAGGCAUCAGUGGAGGCGAGAAGCGCCGAGUUACGAUCGCCAUUCAGAUCCUUACGGACCCGAAGGUGCUCCUUCUGGAUGAACCAACUUCAGGUCUAGAUGCUUUCACAGCCAUGUCCAUCAUCGAGGUCUUGCACGCCCUCGCAGCCGAAGGUCGAACUUUGAUCAUGACAAUCCACCAGUCGCGUUCUGAUCUGGUCAGUCAUUUCGCCCAGGUCUUGCUUCUAGCGCGAGGCGGAUAUCCUGUGUACGCUGGACCGGGGCAACAAAUGCUUCCACACUUUUCAAGGCUAGGCUAUGUCUGCCCGCAGACGACAAAUCCAGCAGAUUUUGUCUUGGAUCUCAUCACGGUUGAUCUCCAGCAGGCAGAGCGGGAGGCUAUAACUCGCGAGCGCGUACAGCAUCUGAUCUCUUGCUGGUCUGAUGCGGUCCUGGCCCUUGACUCUACAUCCCAGAUUGCAACACCAGCGGAGCUUGGCAGCUUUUGUCGGCAGAGGCUUCCCUUUCGCAUCACAUUUCCAUUGGUGCUGCAUCGGUCGUUUAUCAAUUUUCGCCGCCAACCCCCGCUGGUAAUGGCCCGGUCAAUGCAGAUCUUGGGGAUUGCCAUUGUGAUGGCCUUGUUCUUUGCGCCGCUCAAGAACGACUAUGCCGCUGUACAAUCACGGAUGGGAUUUGCCCAAGAGUUUUCAGCGCUGUACUUUGUUGGAAUGCUUCAAAACAUCGCCAUCUACCCGAACGAGCGUGAUGUCUUUUACCGUGAAGAAUCCGACAACUGCUACUCAGUGGAAACAUUCAUUUUGUCAUACACGGUGACCGAGGUCCCCUUUGAGAUCGCCUCCGCACUCGUGUUUGGCGCACUAGCUGCCUACGCGGAUAACAUGAAGCGCACAGUGACGAUGUUUCUUGUUGGUGCCUUCAACUGCUUCUGUAUUAUCAGCUGCGGUGAAUCGCUCGGAAUUAUGUUCUGCACCCUUUUCUCCCAUGUUGGUUUCGCGGUCAAUGUGACCUCGACCCUGUUAUCCCUCUCGUGCACCCUCGGCGGCAUUAUGAGCUUGAAUGUCAACAAGGUGCUACAAGGAUUCAACUAUCUCUCCCCAGUCAAAUAUUGCAUUGCCAACUUGGCACCCUUCUCCCUUCAAGGGCAACUUUUUGACUGCACGGCUACCGAGAGACUCGCGGAUGGGAAUUGUCCCAUCACUACAGGGGAGCAGGUGCUGAAACUCUACAAUCUGGACAAGAAUGGACCGAUGAAUGUUAUGGCACUGGGAGUUUGCACCAUCAUCUACCGAUUAGUCGCAUAUGCGUUCUUGAAGGCAAUGCGAUCUCAUCGCAUGACAGAGCUGUGGUGCGAGUGGCGCCUUUCUCGAAAGAGUCGUUCCCAGUAG